UUUUUUUUUUUUUUUUCCUCAGCCGAUCUCCGUCUUCGAUUGGACGCGAGAAUUCUAACAUCUACUUUCCGACAAAUUUCCCUGAAACCCAAACAAGGGGAAGAGUUGAGCUUUGAAUUUGCUGUAAUGGACGAGGUGGUGGAGGCAGCAGAGAAGGCGAAACAGGAAUGGGAGGAAGCUUAUGCUAAGACGCAGAUCCACAUAAAAUCGAUCGAAGAGUAUCGCAAAUCCGGAGAUGGUAUCGAAGGAGCGUCCUCGCAGGAAAAGAAUUCGCUUCCCAGAUUGAACGGCCUGGCGCAAGAUGGAUUGGCGCUGCUCCAGUCGCUGGAAUUCAAGCUCGAUCUCUUGGCUCCCCAGUUGCCCGCCGACGAUCAAGUUAAAUCGGCGCAGUCGCUGCUCGAAUCCUGGAAGAAACAGUCCCAUAGCUUGCGGUUGAGUUUGAGGAAUGCCAAUUUGCAAGCAAAGGCUAACCUAAGGAAGGCUGCUCAGGAUGAGAGAAAAUUGCUUUUGGGAGGUGGAGAAGAGUCCACAGCUCGCAGGCGAAAUCUACAGACAAAGGCUGGGAUGACAUCUGCAGCAGAAAGCAUUACAGAAAGCCUUAGGCGCACUCGGCAGCUAAUGGUUCAGGAGGUGGAAAGAAGUUCUAACACACUUAUGACUUUUGACGAAUCUACCGGGGUGUUGAGAAAGGCUGAAAGUGAGUACAAGGGCCAUCGCUCAUUGUUGAUGCGAACAAGAAACCUACUGUCCACUAUGCAACGACAUGAUGUUAUCGACAGAUUGGUGAUUGCUGUGGGGUUCUUCUUGUUCUCGUGUGCUGUUCUUUAUGUGGUCUCCAAGCGCAUUGGGCUACUCAGGCUGCAGAGAACGGUAACUGCUGCAAUUAAGGCAGGGAUGGCUGGAAAAGGAGGGCGUGAAGCAGUUGAAGAAGGCAUUAAGAAUCUCGCUCGAAUCCCCCAAAAUGCUGAUCCGCAAGGUCUGUUGAAGCAUGCCAUGCAUGAUGAACUUUAGACUUCCUAGGGUUAUUAAUUUCUUCCUUGGCUUGUAUUUUUUUCGCCAUACCCUUACCAGUAAAUGUUUCCUGUAUGGUUGAAUCGUUUAGAUCACUCUUGUCUUGAGUUUGAUAUAUGCAUAUUUGCUAAAUCCUUACUGAACAAGGAAAACGGGAUUGAAGUAAAUACAACAAGAUUAUGCAAGUUAGAGUCCCAUUUCUGUUUCCUCUUUCUCUGUUGGAUAUAUAUAACCCCCAUUUUCACUUGGAAAAGAAGUGGGGAAGAAAAGGAAUGAGAAACAUCUAUAUAACCCCCAUUGAUUCAUUGAUUGUUGCAAGGUAUUGAACAAAGCUUGAGAAUCAACUAAAAAUUGGAGAUGCUCCCCUGUGAUCAUGUUGUUUCUGGGCAAAACACAAUAAUAUAUUUACUCACCGAGUCGGAUGAGAAACGAAAACGAACAAUUCGUAAUUUUUAGGGUUUAAGAAAAAACUUCAAUUACCAAACAGGAAAUUGAUGAUUUGAAUACCUCCAAAAAUAAAACAUACAUUAUGAUUUAUGUAUAUGAAUUAACAGGAGGUUGGGUUAUGGUUUAGGUUAUGCAAGUAGCCAGAAGUUCUUCUGGGUCUUUGUAUUCAGCAGGUAUCCUCCAGUCUGUCCCUUCUUCUGCACUGCCACACAAUUGCACUUGCUGUACUCGAUCAAAUACUCCGCCGUGUCCAUCGACUUCGGCCCUAGCCCUCCUGGCUUCUUGUAUUUCGUGUUCCCUAACAAGACGCUGGAGAGGCUCUUCUUCUGGCCGAUGAUGAGAUGGUCGACGCCCAUGGCGGUGCUCUUGAACAGGAUGACGCUGGCCUUGUCCUUGGCACCCAUCUGCAGCCUCUCCACCGUCACCUUCAGCCGCGGCCUGGCCGCCUCGCACAGCUGCCUCAUCGCCUCCAAGAAAUCAACCUCUCCCUCCACCAUCCCUUCCCCGCCCGACGAGGACUGGUUGCCGUUGUUAAGGCUGCUGCUGUUGUUGUUGUUGUUGACGGCGGGGAUCAAGAUGCCGGUCCGGCGGAGGAAGGAGAAGGAGAAGGUGUUCUUCCAGGAGUUCUGGGUCUCGACGUGGACCAGGAUCAGCUCGUCCUUCUCGGUGACGACGUGGGACAAUGCGUACUGAAGGGCGCCGGCCGCUUCCCUGCUGGGGUCGACCACCACCAUGACUUUCCUCGUCGUCGUGUCGCUUCCCAUUUUCGCCGAGCUGCCGCAGCUGCAGACGCCUCCUUUCAAUCGCCACCGUCAACCCCCAUAGGUGCAGAUAAAACAGGGGUCGAGGCAGGGCUUCUGUUGCUGGAAAACAGAGGUCCAGAGGGAUUGGAUUGAUUUCUUGUUUCAGGCAAAGAUGGUUCCUUUCGUUUUUUUUUUUCUGUUUGUUUUUGCUAUUGUUGGUUGGUUCUUGGGGGUUUUCUGUCCCCAAGUCAAGAAAAUGGAGAGAGGAGAGGAAAAUUAGCAACUUAACAAAAACUGUUCCUCCCAAAUUUGAUUGAAGGAAGAGAGACAGGUAGAAAUGCAGAGGAAUAGUUUUAGUUGAAGCUAAAUUUGGGUUUAGGGUAGUUUCUUUGUUGUUAGAACAGAGCUCCAUAAUCCACCUGCUGGACCUCCCUGACUUGGUCAAUUCCCAAACUCUGCUCCUCUCAUUUUCGGAUUUUUUCCCCUCUGGUUCUUUUUUGGAAUGGGGAAAGGGGAAGAGAUGGCUCUUGUUUGUAGGUAUUGUGGGAUAAUUAGUUUUGUACGGAUUUUGUUGAUCAGAUGAAUUUUGGUUAUCAUUUAUAUUAACCAAUUCAUCAUAAUGUAUAAUUUAUUUUGGGAUCUUUAUAAUCUU